ACGGCAAUAACAUAACUUAAAAGAGUGUUGCAAUUAUAUUCACGAGGAGUUUUUGCCCAAGGAUCUGCAAAAUCACUGAAGAACCAUGCGAAUCUUUUACUGUCUUCUGGCGAUUGUCGUGACGUGUGUCUCGGCACAAACAGAGCCGAACUUCAAGGACGGGCGAAAGGUCAUAGUUCACCUGUUCGAAUGGAAGUGGACGGACAUCGCCGAUGAAUGCGAACGAUAUCUUGGACCUUAUGGGUUCGCUGGGGUACAGAUCUCGCCCCCUGCGGAGCACAACGAGGUAACGAAUCCAUGGCGUCCUUGGUACGAGCGGUAUCAGCCAAUGAGCUACGAACUGACAAGCCGAAGCGGAGACGAAGCCGCCUUUAGGGACAUGGUUGAACGAUGUCGAAACGUCGACGUCCUCAUCUACGUCGAUGCCGUUAUCAACCACAUGGCAGCAAUGAGCUAUGAGUACCCCGGUGUUCCCUACUAUUCCGAGCACUUCAACGUCCCCCGUGGUAACUGCCCAUCCAGUAGUGGCGAAAUGGACUACGGCAACGCCAUCAGCGUAAGAAACUGCAACCUGGUUGGGCUUAACGACAUUCUCUUCGGAUCCGAGGUAAACUGCUAUACCAACCAGAAAGUCGUGGAUUAUUUGAACAAGAUGAUUGACAUAGGGGUUGCCGGUUUCCGUGUCGAUGCCGCCAAACAUAUGUGGCCGGGUGACCUGGAAGACAUCGUGAGGGAACUUUGGAACACGAAAGACGGCAGCAGACCUUACGUGUACCAGGAGGUCAUCGACCGCUCAGGAACCGAGGCCAUAAAAUCGUGGGAUUACGUCCACAUUGGUGACGUCACCGAAUUCAAGUACUGUGAUCAGAUAGUAGGUCUUGGUCACGGCACCAACCAGGCCAAGUGGUUCGAGAACUUCGGUGAAGCGUGGGAUAUGAUGAGCAGUGACCACGCCUUUGUGUUUGUCGAUAACCAUGACAACCAGCGCAGCCACGGAGGCGGCGGUGACAUCUUGACAUACAAGGAUUCCUGGCCCUACAAGAAGGCUCUGGCCUUUGGUAUGGCAUGGGACUAUGGCACCUUCCGCAUCAUGAGCAGCUUCUUCUUUGACGACACUGACUCCAGCCCACCCGCUUAUUCCGAUGGAACCAUCAUCUCACCGACCAUCAACUCUGACGGUACCUGUGAUGGGGGUUGGGUCUGCGAACAUCGCUGGCGUCAGAUAAGGAACAUGGCGUGCUUCCGUAACGCUGCAGGCUGGGAACCCGUCGAGAACUGGCACGACAACGGAGACAACUUCAUUGCCUUCUCGCGAGGUAACCGAGCCUUCUUUGCCCUUAACAACCAGGCGUACACCGUCAAUGAUAACCUCCAUACCGGCCUACCUUCUGGUGACUAUUGUGACGUCAUUAGUGGUGACCCAACAGGUUCCGGCUGUACAGGAAAGACGAUCACUGUGGACGACUAUGGCUGGGCUACGAUUAGUAUCCCAAACGGCGAAGACCCGAUGAUUGCUAUCCAUAUUGGAGCUAAAGCCGGCAGUGGUAGCUUCUGCAGGUGGUACUAAUUGUAGGUUUUCUCCCCAAGUUAUAGUUUUAACCCCUACUACUAGUAUGGGUACUAGGUUUUACCCCUAUAUAGGUCUGACCCCUACCCUACUAGUAGUGGGUUUAGACCCCUCUCAUGUACCAAAUCAAUUAAAUUACGAUAUUGUGCCAUGAUGCAUCAUUAUACUUAAUUCUUGCAAGGGUACAAAUUAUAAAUAGUUGAAGAUCUUAAUUUGAUUUAGAUAUAGCCAACUAAACGAGAUUACGAUGCUCUUUAAGCUUACGAGAUUAUUUAUGAGAAAUACAUUAAUAAAUUCUUAUUCAAGAUUCCUUAUUGAAUUACAGAAUUAGAUAGUAAUACCAUGCCUGGUUUGUUGGUAGGGAUAUUUCUCCUUUGCGAGAAGUGUGCUGUUUCCUCAGUUUCUUUUUCUUUUAAUAAUUAUCAGGGGACGUUCUUUGAAAUGUAUAUUUACCAAUAUAGAAAUUUUCUCGACGUUAAUGGUAGAUGAUUGUAUCGGUAUAGUGAAGCCGACAUGAUUGUUCCCUUUGAAGGCCAUCGAGAAUUUCAAUGAGUUAUCCUUGAUAUCAUUUACUUUUAUUUGGUCUUAUUUUUAAAGUAAAAUACUUCUCAAAAUUGAUACUCAAUGAACUUUAGAAUUUCGUUUUAUUUCAGGGGCGUUAUUGUUGUCAGAAUCAGUAGCAUGUUGGUGUUAUUGUUAUCAGAAUCAGUAGCAUGUUGGAUGAAAUAAAGCUAGCAUAAAUUACGACACCUUA